AUGUCUAAAUUCACAGUCUUGUGGUUGGCCUUGGUAGCUACUGCUGUCUCUCCAGGCCUUGUCCCAGGUGUAGACGCCAAGGCACCACGGCAGAGCCAAUGUCAACCUUGCAGCAACGGCAAUGAUCAGGAGCAACAAUACACCGCAGGACCCUUUCAUUACCCCACGGCCACCUCUGUUCGAUACGCGACGUCUGUCGGCAAACCCACGGCUCCGCCGCCAACUUAUGCCCCUGCUCCGGCCGAAGCAACCUCAUUGGUUUUGCCGUUGGAAUACACCACCUGGGGCAAAUGGAAUCCCUGGGUUCCUAACUUUGGACAGGAGGGCGUCAAUGGUCGGUAUGGCAAGAAUGCUUGGUCCAAAAUGUGGUCGCUGGCCAACCUGCCCAACUUUCCGCCCAAGACAUCCGUCUUCAGCACCACAGUAGUGCCCACACCCGUCCCUACCAGCGAGCUCGUGUUUCCCCCCAAGGACCACUUUGGCCCUUCCUCUGAUACAGGGUGUUGUUACACUUUCCCUCCCAAUUUCAUGUUUGGCGUCGCCGGCGCCGCUGCGCAGAUUGAGGGUGCCAUCGCCGACCAAGGCAGAUCCCCGGCCUUGCCAGACGUGCUCGGCAUUAUCCCUUCUAUGGCCAACGACUACACCACCGACGAGCACUACUAUUAUUACAAGCAAGAUAUUGAGCGUUUGGCUGCCAUGGGAGUUAAGUACUAUUCAUUCAGCGUAUCCUGGACGCGCAUCCUGCCCUUUGCAUUGCCGGGAACACCUGUCAACAAGCAAGGCAUCGACCACUACAACGACGUAAUCAACUUUGUCCUGGAAAAGGGAAUGGUGCCCGUCGUCACGCUCAUGCAUUUUGACCCCCCCGUGCAAAUGUUCAGCAGUCUCAUCAACAACUUGGAUGGACUAAGCUUUGCCACUGGUAUAUUUAGCCAGUUUGCGCCGACUGCAGGCAAUAGUUCACUUACGGGCAGCAUCCCCCGCCAGGGGAUGGGUGUAGACAUGAAGAAGCUGACUGAUCUUGCUAAGCUGCUCGGCUUUGGCGGUCUUGUCGAGCUCUCGGGGCUCGGUGGCAACUCCUCCUCGUCCUCCAUUCCUCACAACGUCACGUUCCAUGACGCCUUUCUUAACUACGCCAAGGUUGUCAUGACGCAUUACGCAGACCGAGUCCCCCUCUGGGUCACCGUCAACGAGCCACAAAUGUUCAACUAUGACUCCAAGGCUAUUGACGGUAUCCUGCGUGCCCACGCCAGCACCUACCACUUCUACAAGAACGAGCUCAAGGGCACCGGCAACAUCACCAUCAAGUUUGCCAACAACUACGGCGUGCCGCGUGAUCCCACCAGCGACGCCGACGUCUAUGCUGCCGACUGGUUCAACUCGUUUGCCAUUGGCAUGUUUGCUGAUCCACUCUUCCACGGCAAGGAUUAUCCAGUAUCGUUCAAGGCAUUGUACCCCAAUCACACCCCCCUGACGCCAAAGGACCUCGAGUUUAUGAAUGGCACCGUGGACAUCCUGAGCUUCGACUACUAUUCUUCGACGGUCGUCAGCAGUCCUGUUGCUGGCGAUAAGGAUAGCAUCCUUGCCUGCACAAAGGAUGCCUCGCACCCUCUACGAUCCAGUCAGUGCGUCAAGGCUGAGUUUGUUGACAAGAAUGGCUGGAGCGUCGGAUAUCGAUCUCAAUCCUAUGUGCGCACGACGCCCACCCUUCUCCGCAGCUAUCUCAACUACCUGUACACGAAUUGGCGCAAGCCCAUCGCCUUGACUGAGUUUGGAUUCCCCGUCUUCGCUGAAGGCGAAAAGGAAUUGACUGACCAAUUAUUCGACACACCCCGCACCACAUACUACCUCUCUUACCUCUCUGAGCUUCUCAAAGCCAUCUGGGAAGACGGCGUCGAUGUCGUUGGGGCAUUUGCUUGGUCCUUUGCAGACAACUGGGAGUGGGGAGACUAUAAGGCACAGUUUGGUCUCCAGACCGUCAACCGCACUACCCAGCAGCGACACUACAAGAAGAGUUUCUUCGAUCUCGUUGAUUUCAUGAAGUCUAGAGGUGCCGAGUAG